UUAUGUGCGAGAUUGAAACAUGGCUGCGCCCAUAAACAAUUGGAAAUUAUAUUUUUUUAAAUAUGAAAAAUUAACUUAUUUUGAGUUUUGAUUUGAAUUUCACCAUAUCAACUGCUCCGAAAUAAAAGUACAAAAACGUUCAACACAUAAUAGCUAACUGACAGCAUUACCAUCAGAAUUUCCAAACCAUGUUGGACAAUCAUACCUGGGGAUUGUGUUUAGCAGUUGUAGCUGGUAUGAUGGCAGCUUUGGCAUCAGUGUCAGCCAAACUUGCAGUCACUGCAGAUGUUGUUCAUGAACUAUGCUUGACUUUUGCUAUAAGUUUUGAGACUGUCAAAAUGAGUGUUGUUUGUGAUUCAAUAUCUUAUAUACUUAGAGGUAUUUGUGUUGGAGGAAUAUUUCUCUUCAAUGCCUUGAUGUGGACAUUUUACACAAAAUCUCUGCAGUUUUGUCCAUCUACAGUAGAGGCAACCAUAACCAAUACAGGAGCUAACUUUCUAGUGUCUGCUUUGCUAGGUUUGUUACUUUUUGGUGAAACAUUCUCUUUGUUAUGGUGGUGUGGUUCAUGCUUAAUACUUGCAGGACUAGUAUUAAUACAUCAAGGUAGUCAAGAUACUGAUACAAAACAUGACGAGUCAAAGAAAGUGAAAUGAAUAAAGUGCAUCAUGCAGGAGGACUUGAAUGAAAUUAAAUCUGUAAUAGUUUGUUCUCACAUGUGCUGGAUGUGACAUAUAAUUUAUUCCAAGGACUUUACUUAUAAUUUGUCCUCACACAUGUGCUGGAUGUGACAUAUAAUUUAUUCCAAGGAUAUUACUUAUAAUUUGUCCUCAAACAUGUGCUGGAUGUGACAUAUAUAAUUUAUUCCAAGGA